AUGACGACAGUAUCGCUGAGCCAGCACGACAUCAACGUGCUCGAGAAGAUCAAGGAUCCCGAGUCCAACCCGGCCGCAGGCAUCGUGAUUGACUCUGCGCUGCCUCGUGAUCCUCAAAUUGUCGACCACAGCGUGUAUGAGAGAGUGGUAGAGAGAGAACGCACCAUCAUUCGCACGCUGCAAGCCAUUGAGAUGCAGCUCAGCAGCUUCCAGAGCGAGGACGACGCCGACAAGGCCAUUGAGAGCUACAAAAGCUGCGUGUCAGAUUUUGGUAAUCUCAUUUCAGACUAUCCUCUCUAUGCUAGCGCGAGAAACAACCGCGCGCAAAUCAUGCGACGGCUGUAUGGAGAUGGCAUGCUGCUCAACUACACAGCGACCAUGCCUAUGCCGCUGAUUCCCCAGCCAGAACAGUCGGAGAAGAGAAAGGCGGCAAAUGAUACACUUGAGGAUAUGGAAACUGCAAUCCGGUUGCUCACUCCAUCUUCGCCAUCAGCUCCCAUGUCUGCACAGGCUGCGCGAACGCUGUCCAUGGCGCACACGCAACGAGCUGCAAUCUACCUAAGAACAGCCAAGCUCAUGUCAGAUCGCCAGUUGGACCUUGACGACAGCCGCGAGGAAGCCACUUGGUCCCGCAUAGAUUUUGAAGAAGCCGCUUCAAGAGAUCUAGCGCUUGGAGGCAGAUAUGGAAAUCAGAUUGCAAAGGCCUUGGCCGUCAGUGUCAACCCAACAGCAAAACUUUGCGGCCAGAUGGUUCGAGAAGCGAUGAAGAAGGAGUAUGGUCCUGCGUUUGAGAUGUAAAAUGUGUUUCCUUUAUGUUUGUUUGUUUGCUUAAAGAGCCAGCUGGGUACAUGAGAUCAUUCUUGUGUGUUUAUUUCCCAUGAGAAAACUAGAUGGAUUAUGAAAUUUGGCCAGCCAUAGUCAACAUUGGCCUCAACUUUGGCGUUUUGUGUAUAUAGAGAGCAUGGAAUGGUGGCGUUUCUUGAACUGAACGCCUUAACACGGCGAUGAAAUCUACUUCUUGGAGAGCCCAACGCGUCUAUAACCAAAUAAAUCAGCGCACAGGAAGUGUUGUAAU